AUGGCACCAAAAGCCAACAAAAAAUCCUCCGCAAAACAAACCCCCUCCAAAACAACCUCUACCUCCAUACCUAGCACCAGCACAAACACCACGCCCCCAAACUGGCCCCCCCUCAAACCGCUCAUCCCCCCGUCAGACCUCCACCUCACAACCCUCCUCAAGGAUCAAAUCCUCAUAAUCCGAAACCUCUUCACCGGAACCCUCUGCAAAACCUACGUCUCCUUCCUCUCCUCACUGCCGCUGGUCACAACGCCCACACGACCCAAGAGGGGAGAGGCUGUGCGUUUCAACGAUAGGUUCCAUGUGCAUGAUCCGGCAUUUGCGGAGAGGUUGUGGAGCUCGACUGCGUUGAGGGAGCUGGUGCUUUCUGAUGAGAGUGGGGGUGGUGGGCAGGGGUUGUGGGGAGGAGAGGUCCUGGGGCUGAAUCCGAAUAUACGGAUUUAUAGAUAUGGGCCUGGGCAGUUUUUCGAUAGACAUUACGACGACUCCGUCCCCCUCUCCAUCCCCUCUCCGUCUCCAACUAACAACAACACCACCACCACCACUACCACCAUCCGCGCAAAAACUACCUGGACCCUCCUAAUCUACCUAACAACCUGCACAGGAGGGGAAACUGCCUUCUACCCCGAGAAGCCCACAAAGGCAUCCCGACAGCCGGACCCGGUUGUCGUGGGACUAGAGGCGGGAAUGGCGCUGCUGCAUAGGCAUGGGGAGAGCUGUCUCCUGCAUGAGGGGCGGGAGGUGACGGAAGGGGAGAAGUGGGUUAUCAGGAGCGAUUUGGUUGUUAGAAGAUGA